UACAGAAAAUGCGACCCGACGAACAUAAGAAGAAGAAAAAUGCCAAUUACAAGAAAAAACACGGCAUUCCCGCCAAUAAAAACUGCAAAAAGGGUGAAGGAAAAGAUAAUGAUGACGCUAGAGACGAGAGGAAAGCACAAGUUGCAGCAAAGACCACUUGCAAAGAUGAACUAACAGGAAAAACUCAAGAAAAUGAGACCAAGACAUUCUCCAGGAGAAAAAUACAAAGCAAUUGGAUGAGAUAUGAUGACUCUGAUGUUUCAGAUGAUGAGGUUAAAUCUCACAGUAUUCAAAGAAGAGGAGCUGAUUUUUCUGCUCUCGUGGAAGGAGCAGGGGAUUCUCAUUCUCAGUUCAGGUUUCAGGAUGAGAAGGACUGGGAAGACACUGAUUCUCAGACUUCUCAAUAUUUAUUGCAAAUUAAUGUCCAAGAACUGAGUGAAUCCUUGAAGUCAUUACCAAUGCAUGAAAGACUAAAUCUAGAGGAACUGAAUAUUGGAGAAGACACAGCUAUCCCAACACAUGGUAAUAGCAAAAGAAUUCCUGAAUGCGAAGACACUGCAAUGCUGGAAACAUUCCCAGAAAGUCAAAAUAAUAUAAAAGCAAUCAAGAAAAUCAAAUUUUUGCCUUGUGAUAGAAAAAUUGAAAAAGACAUUCAUUGUUGUGAUGCACCAAGUGGAAUAGCAUCAUUAAAUACAGAAAGUGAUAACUCAUUUGAAGAUGAACUAGAUAUGUUGCUAUCUCUUGACAAGAAAAAUAAGCAACCUUCACAUCAAACAGACCAUACUGCAAAACAUGCAAUAAAAUCAUUGCUAGGGAAUGUGGAAGAAACCAGUACAGACAGUACAAUUAAAAAGCAGUUUACACAACAAAUAAACCACUCUCUGAAGAAAGACGUAGACACUAACAGCAGCAAAAAACAGGCAAGAACUUCAGACAUAAUAGACUCAUCACAAAAACCAUCUAGUCCAAAGAAAGAAGACAACUUAGAAGAUUGGUUGGACAGUGUACUUGCCAUCUAAUCCUAUGUAAUAGGCUUAUAUUAUGUGGUGAAGCAAAAAGUAAAAAAUAAAAUUUGGCAAAGAUAUGAUUAUGAAUUCAAAACUUACAUAACCUAAAUUAAACACUGAACAAAAGGAUGUGGCCAUAUACAGAAGAUGGAACUGCCUACCUAAACAGUGUGUAUACAUUUCAAGAUAGUCAUAAAAUUUAUGGAAUGCAUACACCACUUUCACAAUGGCCGACACUAAUUAGCAUAUUGUUAAAAUCAUAAAGUUGACAAAUGAAAUCACUCAAAUGAUAGAUAUCAAAGCUAAAGAUAAGCUUUGAAAGUUUCAAAGAAAAAUAUCAAAUCCUCUGGAAGUUAUAAGGGUUGGAAGAUGCACAAAAACUAGUCUAGUGUAUCAUGUUGAUAGGUUUGAAAUUAUUACAGGGUUCGUGUUUUCACUACAAAAUUCCAGGACUUUUCAGCACAAAAAUGUGAUUUUCAAGGACUAUUUUUGAAGACUUCUUUUAAAUGUUUGCAAACUUUUCCACUGGUGAUUUUCAAAAAUAGCCACAUUCAUCCAAAAGCUAAAAACAGAUUCAAGGAGUUUUCCAGCAGUUUUAGUGAUUUUUCCCAUUAUAGUCAAGGUAUUUUCAUUCAAACGCCCUUAAAACGAGCUUUCAAUUCCAGGACUUCUCAAGGAGUAGCACAAACCCUGUUGUUAAUUUUGUUGACUUGCACACUUGAAUAUACUUGGGAAAGAUGUAAUGCUUGAUGUUUGUUAAAAAGCCUGAAACACAA